AUUUAAAAAAUCUCUUUGCUUUUCAAGUAUAAGUCUUUCAAAUAGCGUGCUUCGUUAAAAAGACUGCUAUUCAAUAAUUUCAUUCAUUAUAUUACAUCUUCUCAAAACAAGCCAUUAUAGCUCGUACUUAAAAUUGAAAUCUGCAGAUAAAUGGUUCGAUAGUUUUUAAUUUAUCAAUCUAAGUUGGGAAUAUGGAUGGCGAAAGCGUUGAGUUUGACUUCGAGGAAAACUUGGACCAGUUUUACCCGGGGCUAAGAAAGCCAGACGAGUACGAAGAUUAUCUGGACGAAAAAGGUAAAGCAGUCGUUUUCAGUCCUUCCAUUGGAUUCCAAUCUCGAUAUGGAAAACUGGUGUCACGUGACUGGCGGGGCAAAAAAUGCCAGUUUUUCAAAAACAGUGACGCUCGAGUAGCUCAUACCAUUAAGUUUAGUGAUGCUACAUAUCGUAGUAUGGACACACUUUUGAACGAUUUGAGUGAAAAAAUGAACAUUCCUUUCGGCGUAAGAUCAAUUCACACUCCCAAAACGGGUUCCGAGAUUAAUUCAAUUGACGAGUUGCAACAUGGACGAGCUUAUGUGUGUCGAGAGUUCAACAAGCCGCGCCCUUUGAACUUGCAGCGGGUUUGGGAGAAUGGGAAAUGGACAAAUAGGAAGCCUCUGACGUCACAGGAGAACUUUAGUAAGCGGCUGACUGGACAGUACCUGGACAGUUGGUGGCAUGAGCACCAGAAGAAGUCAGGGCGGGGAUCGUCUGAGAGUAGACAGAUGGGAUUCAAGCCUAGGUCACCCAAGGACGAAGAGCUGUAUGCUCAAACGGAAAUGUUGGAGCGUACGCCAAAGAAGAUCACGGUGUACAGGAACGGGUGUUGGCUGCAUCGUCAUCUGGUGCUGCUGAACAAGCGCCUCAAGUUCCGACCAGCCGAGGAGUUCUUCGAGGCACUUCUGCAGGAUGUGGGGGAGAUGUUCAAGAUGAAGUUUACAAAACUGUUGGCAGCUGAUGAUUACAGAGAGGUUAAGAGUGUGAAGGAAGUGUUGGAAGGUCCCGACGUGUUCAUAGCCCUGCAGUACAAUGAGGACUUGAUUAAGCCUCCCGGGAUGCUGGAGCCAAUAGGGAGGAUGAUACAUAAAGGCAACACCAUUGACCCUGCCAUGGCCGACAAGUCGGGAGUGGUACGCAAGGGAAAGUCACAGGGCAAGUGGAAACUUAAAGUGAUCACGAGUGACGAGGAGGGUGCCGGUACCACCUCUAAUCUGACCCUGUGGGUGUAUGGGGAGAAGAGGGACUCUGGACCCCUUCCUCUGCCCAGAAAAGGGGAGGACCACGAGUCAUUCAGUGCCGGAUCAGUCGAGGAAUUCGAUAUCAAGGCUGGCAAACUGGGUGCGAUCUACAAGAUCCGACUGGAGAGUGACUACACUGGCCGCAGUCCAGACUGGAAGUGUGUGGAGGUGCAGAUGACAGACAUCAACACUGAGAGGAGUCUCCUGUUCCCAGUGGACAGGUGGUUCUCCCAGUCCAAGGAGGACGGAAGUACUUCCAGAGAAGUGGCUAUGGCUAAGAAGUCAGGGGAUCCCAUGUACCCUACGGUGACAUACGAGGUGCUAAUUGCGACUGGAGAUAGAUGGGGGGCAGGGACAGAUGCAGAGCCCUUCAUCACCCUCUUUGGGGAAAGAGGGGACAGCGGGGAGAGGAAACUAAUAAGAGAGCAGGCCAAAUUGAAGCAGGCAUUCGGAACCAGGGCCCAAUACAAGCCAUUCAAGAAACACCAGAUCGAUGCCUUCACCAUUGACGCCGUAUCUUUGGGAAGAUUGAAGAAGAUCAAAAUUGGGCACGACAGGAGCAAAGCCGGAGAGGGUUGGUUCCUGGAGAAGAUAGCCAUCAAUGUGAGUGAUCCCCGGGACGGCGGAGGAGAGACCAAGGUAUUCAACUUCCCCUGUGGCAGGUGGCUGGACAGUGGGCAGGACGACGGAAAGAUAGCCAGGGAGAUCAUGGCCAGCGAACAGCAGACCGGCAUAGAUGCGCAGAAGGAAAUUUGGGAGAUUGAGCAGUGGAAGUACGAGAGGGGCAACGAGCUGGUGUUUGUGAGUGAGGCGAGUGGCAAGUGUCUCCUCAUCAAGGGCGACGCCACCUUCCACGCUAGGGGUCACCCACAGGACCCAUUCAGUGUGAUGGUGGUGAAGGCGAAGAUGCAGAAUGGAGUGCGCAUCAUUAGGUCCGGACUUCACUCUGGAUACCAUCUGGGCAUAGACAAGGGCAAACUGUACGCAGAGAUGAAGGGUGGGGUGCACUGUGAGUGGAAGGUGUUGCAGCAAAAGGACAGGGCAGUGUGUCUGCAGAGUGUGCGCAACCCCUCCCAUUAUGUCUCCUUCGACCAGCAGGGAAACGCCUCCCUAGCAGACUCCAAUGUCAAGAGCCAACUCACGUUCAGAGUCUACUGCAGGGGCGCAUUCCGCCACCAAGGUGUGAUCGUGGUCCAGACCAGUGCGACUCAGACCCUCUUCAUAGACGAGGACCGCAAAGUGGUGGGCUAUGGAGUGAGGGAUGUGAGUGCUUACUUCCGGGUCCACAAAGUGCAGAAGGGAGUGCGCAUGCUCCAGUCCAUAGCCAGACCUGACUGCUUCAUCCAGAUGAGGGACGGGGUAGUGGAUGGAAAUGGUGUGGGAGACGAAGCAUGUCACUUCUUCGUGGAGCGCAACCGUUAUGAGGGGGGUUCGUUCCGUUUGCUACAUGUAGGGGAGAACAAGUACCUGGGACUGACUCCAGAGGGCGAUGGAAUGUCAGCAAGUGAAGAGGACGUCGAGGACCUAGUCUUCUAUCCCGAAGUCAUCGAGUACGGUGUGCCAAAAAAGAAGCGCCCUGAUUUCCGGUCAUCAACUACUACUACGCCAAGGAUCCUUCACAUCGACACCGAAAGAUCAAGGGAGGGUGGCGGAGGUACAACGCGCCGGUCUAACUCUCAAUCAUACAACCAAAACAAAUCCAGUAGCCGAAUGCCAACUCAGCCGAAAACGAGUAAUAGACGACCGAGUGAUGCCCGAUCACCAAAGAGCCGAACUGAUCCCAAGUCUCCUAAUUUGGAAAUGCAGCCCGAAGACGACCGAGAGGAAGAACCUUUAAGUCCUGGAGCUGGAGGUCAACGAACUUUAAGAUCAGAUCGAACCGAGGACCCGAAAUCGCCAGGCGCUCAGAGAAGUCAACAAAGGACAACCAGAUCACCAGCAAGAAGCCCAGGAACAUACCCAGCUAGUAGUUCUAAAACACCGGGUGUCAACUAAAAAACAAGAUAUGCGAGAAACAACAUUGUCUAAUGAAAUUAUCAGUCAAAAUUACAUUUUUAAAAAGAAUAUGUCAAAGAAUUAACUGGCCUAAUGUUAUAAAAAAUAAUUCAAAGCUU